GCUGACAACCUUCAGUGGGUUUGUGUGUGAAUUUUUAUGAGUGGGAUGAAGAGGAGGGAUGCGGACUGCACAGAGCAUGCGCGUGCAUCUGUGAGAGACAGGGAAGGGAGAUAGAGAGAAAGGCUGAGAGGUAGGGGAGGGAGGGAGUUUGUCGUGAUAGAGAACCUGCGAGCACUACUAAGGAGGAGAGAGCGCGAGAGAGAGCGGGAACACAAGCGAGUAACUGAGAGAUGGUGUGUGUGUGUGAAAGAGAGCCUUAGUGCGUCUGACUCUCGGAGCUGUAGACUGGACCAACCAUUAAGCCUUUGGAACGCUCACGGCGCACAUACACGUAGGCACACGCCACUGCCGCGUCACCCCUGCCGGCCGGUGAUGAGAGGGAGGAUUCAGUCGUUUUGAGACAAAGGGGGAACUGCCUUUGAGAAGACUCAGCCUUUGGAUGCGUUGCAGGAGAAAGAUCGCCUGAUCCUUGAGUUGUCCAGCAACAACCUGAAGGCAUCCAAAUAUGACCAGGUAAGGUCAGACUAUGAGCAGCUCAGACACACCUACAGUGCUGUGAGUUAGGAGAGAGACAGCCCAACAGGAGAGGAAACGGCUCCAAGGCAAACUGGAGAACCUCGAGCAGGUCCUCAAGCAUAUGCGAGAGGCUGCUGAGAGGAGGCAGCAGUUGGAUGAAGAGCAUGAGCAGGCCCUGGCUGCCCUCACCACCAAGCAGCAGAAGAUCCACCUUCUGCAUAAGGCUCAGGUUGAAGCUGAGAGAGAGCAUGAGGGAGCGGUCCACCUGUUAGAGGCCAAGGUUCGCGACCUGGAGCAGAAAUGCAGGUCACAGACUAAACAGUUUGGCCAGUUGUCCAAGAGCCUGGAAGAUUUCAGUCUGGAGGCAGAUACUGUGGACAUCUUCAGCACUGAGCCUUUCUCCAAACAAAAAAUUCCCCUUUCCCUGGAAAAUAAACUCUCCCAAAUCCUCAACGGACUGGCAGUGCAGGCAGGGAAAGGCAAUGAGAGCUCGGCAAACACUCCACUGAUAUCGAAGUUCCUCCGCUCACUGCAGAUCGGAGACAGAGACAGGCCAGAGCUGCUAUCUGUCAAUCCCACCACCGUGACAACGAGCUGCCCCAGCAGCCCACAACGGGCGACCCUCUCAGAGAUGGAGGAUGAGGUCAGCCCUGCGCCCCGGUCCAAGCCUCGCUACACUGGCACGGUCCGUCUCUGCACCGCCCGCUACAGUUACAACCCUUACGAUGGGCCAAACGAGCACCCAGAGGCAGAGCUCCCCCUGGUGGCUGGGAAGUACCUAUACGUGUACGGCACCAUGGACGACGACGGUUUCUACCAAGGUGAGCUGCUGGACGGCCAGCGAGGGCUGGUCCCGUCCAACUUUGUGGAGUUUGUCCAAGACAAGGAGAAACCAUCCAUCCAACUAGGGGACGGAGAGGAGGACCUGGGCUCUCUGGACCAUAUCACCCUUGGCCUGAUGGGGGUGGAUGGAGGGGCCCCUCAGGAUGGGCUACUGGGUUCCAGCAACCCCCUGGGCCCCUGCAGCAACGGCACAGGGCCCCUGGACCCUGAGGAUCUGGUCGAUGACAUUGUGCCUUACCCCCGGAGGAUCACCCUGAUCAAGCAGUUGGCCCGUAGCGUCAUUGUGGCCUGGGAGCCCCCCAUGGUGCCCCUGGGAUGGGGAAAAAUCAGCUGCUACAACGUGCUGGUGGAUGGCGAGGUGCGUGCCAGCAUACCCUACGGCGACAGGACCAAGUCGUUGUUGGAGAAGCUGGAUCUGGACACGUAUACGCACCGCGUGUCCGUGCAGAGUGUGACAGACAGGGGCCUGUCGGAUGCGCUGCGCUGCACCCUGAUGGUGGGAGCCAACGUGGUGGUGGCGCCGUAUGGACUGCGUGUGGACGACAUCCUGCGCGACUCAGCCGAGCUCUCAUGGUUGCCCAGCAACAGUAACUAUGGGCACACAGUGUUCCUGGACGGGGCGGAGCAUGCAGUGGUGAAGCCGGGGAGGUACAGGCUGCGCUUUGUUAACCUCAAGGCCAUGACGGUAUACAAGGUGAGGGUGGUGGCCCGGCCACACCAGGUGCCAUGGCAACUGCUCAUGGAACAGAGGGAGAAGAAGGAGGCUGCUGUGGAGUUCUGUACACAAGCUGCUGGUCCAGGACCAUAUUCCAGAUCAGGCCCCCCAUUACCACCUCAGGAGGUGCAGGUGCAGUGUGGCCAGGCACCAGGGGUCCUGCAGGUGCGCUGGAAGCCCCCUAUCCUCUCAUCCAGUGGAACCUCCAAUGGAGCCUGCGUCAUCGGAUACGCAGUCUGCACUAAAGGACAAAAGAUAGCAGAGGUGUUGUACCCUCUGGCUGACUAUGUGACAGUGGAGCUGAACAGGAUCCAGUGUCUGGAGGCCAGGGAGGUCAUCGUCAGGACGUUAUCAGCACAGGGAGAGUCCCAGGACUCCCACGUUGCCCCCAUUCCAAACAACCUACUGUUGCCGCCUCCUCACCCUGCCCCUGUGCCCCCUCAGCAACCACACGCAGUGCCCCCUCUACCUCACUCCCACGCCCCCCACCCCACCUCCAGUCACCUCACCUCCACCACCCCCAACUACCCCUGCCUCACCUCCAGCCUCCCUCACCCCUGCCUCACAGACAACCCUUCCCUAACCACAGUCCUCAAACCCAGCCACACCUCCAACCCCUGCCCCCUCAUCUUGUUCCCCAGCCUCACCGACAGCCUCAACCCGCUCACCCUGGUGGUCCUCCACAGCCCUUGCACCUCCAGUCUCAUCCUCCCCAUACAAUUUCCCAGCACCGCCUACCCCUGCUGCCCCACCCACCCCCCAGCUCCACCAGAGACCACCAGCCCUGGGACCCUACCCACUCCCCCCUCCGCCCAGCCUCCUCCUGCCCCCAUGUACGGGCACACCCUGGAGGCGCCCCUUUCUGCCAACCACCGCUCGCCCUCUCCCCAAAGGAUCCUGCCACAGCCCAGGGGCACCCCCAUCCCAGACCAAAUGGCCAAAGCCAUCGCCCGCGAGGCAGCACAGAGGGUGGCUGCAGAGAGUGGCAGAAUGGAGAGGAGAGUCGUCUACAAUGAGCAGGGCCAGGCCUUCCACCAACAGAACUCAGACGAGGAAGAGGAGGAUGAGGAAGGGUAUGGUCACGGCCGCAGGAGACAGGGGGCCUCAGUAGAUGAAUUCCUCAGAGGGUCCGAGCUGGGCAGGCCGGCCCACUACAGCCACAGUGAGGAGUACCACAGUGAUAGCAGCCGCGGCUCUGACCUUUCUGACAUCAUGGAAGAGGAUGAGGAGGAGCUCUACUCUGAAAUGCAGCUGGAGGAGGGACGACGACGCAACUCCCAUAAUGCACUCAAGACUGGGAACACCCCCUCUGGGGGUCGGCUGGAUCGGGAGACGGGGAGAAGAAUGCCUCGGGACGGCCCGCAGCCCCAGAGACACCCUCUUAUGGUGCCCUCCAUUGAGAUAACCACAGAGAGUAACAGUGAUGGGAACCUCUCCCCCGUCACGGAAGAUGUUUACUAUGGCAGUGUAGCACGGCACAGGACGUGGUCGUCCAGCCGACACCCCACAGGCGCCAAGCCUUCCUAUAAUGGUACGUGCUGUGGUUUAUCCCUCGCUCCUUCACCAAAGCACAGCCAAAAGCCACCAGCCCUAGUUGAGAGGAGAGUAGUGAUGCCAACGACUGCCUUAAUAUGUCUCAGAACACCUAGCAUGAUCCACUGCACUGCACCAAUAUGGAAGCUUGCUGAGCCACACUGGGCCCAAGAUGGCCGCCCACUGUUGCGGAUUGGAAUGACUGCUGCUCAAAUUAUGCUUCUCCCCUCCCUCCCUUGCACUGAACUCCAUCAGAUGCCUGCUAAACCCUUCCCCCUCUCAAAGGGAUACAGGGACAGGGAACGCCGCUCCCCUCCUAACUACGAUGAGUCAGAACCUGAAGAAUCAUUCCGGAUCUUUGUGGCUCUGUUUGACUACGACCCCCUGUCCAUGUCUCCCAACCCGGACGCAGCAGAUGAGGAACUGCCCUUUAAAGAGGGCCAGAUCAUCAGGGUAUAUGGUGAUAAGGACACUGAUGGUUUCUACCGAGGGGAGAUCAGGGGAGGCAGGAUGGGGCUCCUGCCCUGCAACAUGGUGUCAGAGAUCAGGGCUGAGGAUGAGGAGACCAUGGACCAGCUCAUCAAGCAGGGCUUCCUCCCACUCAACACACCAGUGGAUAAAGUUGGAAUAGGGCAGGACAGACGAGGCCUCUGCCAGCACCAGGCCACCAGGAGGAUGGUGGCCCUCUAUGAUUAUGACCCCAGAGAGAGCUCCCCCAACGUGGACGUGGAGGCUGAGUUGACUUUCUGUGCUGGUGACAUACUCGCUGUAUUUGGAGAGAUUGAUGAAGACGGGUUCUACUAUGGUGAAAUCAAUGGCCACCGUGGCCUCGUCCCCUCCAACUUUCUGGAAGAAGUGCCUGACGAUGUGGAGGUGUACCUGACGGACACUCCAUCCCGCUACGCCCAGGAUGAACAUGCCAACCGGGCCGAGGCUAAAAGGGUAACUACGGAUACCACAGAGAGCACGACCCCGCCUGUCCGAGCAGCAUCCCCCAUGGUGCGUCCCGUGUGUCCCCCAGGCACCAUGCGGCCCAUCAGCCCCACCAGGGGCCCCAGGGACCUCCGAGACAACAAAAAGAAAAAAGGACUGCUCUCCAAGGGGAAGAAACUGCUCAAGAGACUCUCUCCGGUUAAAUAAACUGUUCCCAGCUGAGCCCAGAACAGAUACUGGGCCCAGUACUGCACAUCACAUACAGCACAUGCAAUCAAAUCAGCUGAUCGUACGCACACAACUACAAUUGCAACAUAUGUGUGUAUGUAUUACAGGACAAUAUAUGUGAGCCUAAUCUAAUAUUUUCAGUGAUACAUGUUCUAAUGAUUAAUACACAUACUUACAUGUACUUCGUGCCAAAUUCAAUGAGACCUUUGCUCACACAUACUGUAUAACUGUGAUGUAUUUGAGGUAGAGGGAAAAAAGGAGUACAAACUAGGAUUUUCAUGACAUGGAUUUUAAUUUCCACUGUUAUCUUUAAUCAAAUGGAGAUCAGGACGAUGCUGCUAAACCAUUUGUGUGCAUUUGUUUCAAGCAGGGUAACAACAGAGUAGUCUAUUCUUUUUUGUUACAAAUCUAACAUUUCCAGAUGGUUUCCAUAGCAAUUGUGCAAUUAUAAGGUCUCUAACAGACAUGACGUGGCAAAAAACAUCAAUGUUGUGACAGUGAGAUGUUGAUACUAGGAGAGAGACCAUACUCCUGGAACACUGGAGCAACAACUCAACUAUUGAUGGCAUUCUGUCAGUAAUGCUGGCUGCUAAUACAGAGGCUUUAUUCAGUGCAAUAUAUCACAGACAGGAUGGUGACAAAGGGUUGAAUCACUCACAGAACCUAGAAGUCUAUAGGGUAGUUGGACACAGGGCAUUACAGACAGGAGAAGGAGCUGCAUUGGAUAAUACAUUUGAACCAUCUCAGUGGCCUUUAUGAAAGCAAUUCUAGCAUGACUUUCCUCAUUUUCUAUGGUUGAACAAGGUUGUUUUUAGACUUACACAAGUCUUUGCCAAGAACCCCUAGUGCAUCUCUGCAGCUUUGUUUGAUAUUGCUGUCCAACUGUCAUGAAACGCCUAGUUAAAGACAACCUUCUGUGUUUGCCUUCCAAUUGCACAAAGGUGUGUUUUGUCUGAUGAAUCGAAAAUAAGUCGUUCUCGGUGUGUAUGGAUGUGUUGAGGGUGUAGGCUAUGUGUGUGAGUUUGUGUGCUCAGUGUGCAUUCAUGUCUGUGCAUCCUUUUUUAAAAGAGGACAAGUAGUUGAGUCAUGUGAUCUUAGUGGUGUGCUGCUAACUAAUAUUCAGUUCUGUUGUCUGUCGAAGAGGGCCAUUUUCUCCACUCAGCCAUUUCAGUAAAGAUGUCUAGGUGUGCUCAAGAUUCUGCACCGUUUACUUGUUUACACUCUUAUAGACCUCGUGACAACCUAUUUUUUGAAGUCAAGGGAAAGGGAGGGAUGACCUACAUACUGUACCUACAACCUCUAAACCAGUAGUCAUAUGGCUUAUGAGAUAAAUGAGUGCUAGGAUGCAUCCAGCUGAUCCAUUGAUUGGAGAGGCUGUCAUAGCCUUUAGACAAACAUUGUCCUGUAUUUUGACACCUUUCAGAACCCUAUAUUAACCCAUUUUCAUAAACCAUGAUCCUAUUCUGUAAUAGUUUAACAUCACUUCCGUUGCUGUACAGCCACAGUUUGAUGGACAUAAUCAUAAUGGACAAUAUGUCAAUCCAUGACUCAAAAUGACAGUGUUUUAUUCUGACAGGGUCCUCUAAUUCCCAUCAGCUAAGAUAUCUGAGUCAAGCGUAGUACCCUGCUGUAUAAUGAUUACAGGGUUCUUUUAUGUUUAUUAAAAAAGAGAGAAAAUCAAAUGAUGGAUUGCCAAAAAGGAAUGUACGAAAUGUUCAGCGGGCAAUAUAGUACACAUUUUAUUAUUUGUCCAACAUUAUGCAUUAUGUUAUGCAUCCAUUUGUCAAAAGAUGUUAGUCAUAAUACCAAAUCCUUUAUUUGUAAAUGGGUGUAGUGUCUAUACUGUUGCUCUUUUGUACUUUCCUCCAUUUAUAGAUCAUUUCUAAAUGUUUAUACUUGAUUUUCAGACUGCCUUUUUUAGUGUAUUGAGAUUUAUUCUUACUGUAAACAGUGCAAGCAUUCUCCAUGGUGUCCUCAAGAUAAGAUGUUUAAGUCUGCGGUUAUGUGCUUGCUCUGUGAAUCAAAGAUACAAAACAAAUAUAUAAAUCAUUAUUUAUGGUGUGUGUGUGCAUGUGCAAAAAAAAUACAUUUUUUAAUCAAAAAUAAAUUUGAUAUUUUGUA